UUGUUCUAUCUAUUGAUCUGUAACUUUUAUUUAUUAAUUAUUGCUGCUCUUUCUGAUAAUUUUUCUAUGAAUUUAUGAUACUGAUCAUUUUUUAUGUUUGUUUCUUAAUUAUUUUUAAUAUCACAAAUGAAAAUUAAUUAUAUACUUUUGUAUGUCAAAUCAAAAAGUAAACAUUGGUUGGUACUUGGUAUUUAGUUGGCAAAUUGCUACCAAGAAUUUCUAGAAUAAUAUCAUGUAACUAGAAGCAAGGUGAUUUUGUGAAAUAUGCUGUUGCAAUUAACAUUGCAUCGCAUGCAUUAGUAAAUAUUUUGCUGGUGUCAGUUCAAUUGAGUAGAAUUAUUUUUUGUUUAAGAUUUUUCUUUACAAUGUUUCAUUCAAACAGAAAAAUUCUUUGUCAUGGUUGCUGGCUUCUGCGGCGUGUUAUCAAUAAUCAAUCAAUAAACUCUCCAUUUCUAUUACAACAACGACUACUAUUUUCAUCAAAAGCAACAAUUGCAAGAUCUGAAUGGACAGUUUGUUUAUUUUCUUUCAGAAAACAACAUCGUUAUUCUAAUUUAAAUUUUUCCCUUAUUCCUCAUAAACGAACAUUCUCAUUUUCUUCAUUUUGUUUUCAAAACGUUAAAAAUUCUACAGCAACUCAAACCAUUAUUGAUGACACUCCAAAUGAUCCAUCAGUAACAAAAAUCCCAUUUGUAUACUCACAGAAAUCAUCGCCUAGCGAUAAAGAGCAGCAAACUUCGUCAGAUAAGACUGUAUCAGAUGAACAAAAAGAACUUACUAGUCGAACCACUCAUGGUGUUCGAAUUCUCAAAUAUACCGCUUAUUUUCUUGGCGUGUGGCUGGUAAGUACAUUAAGUUACAUUGUACUUGCUUGGGGUACAUCAGAAUUAGAUCAAGAAGGAAAUGUGGUAUUGGAUGAAUAUAGUCAUUUGCCAGUAUGGAAACAAUAUUUAAAACGUUCAUUUAAAGGUGUUAUUGAUUAUUGGCAAACAAUUAAAGAGCCCAC